GCGCGAGGAGGGCGGGAGGCGACUUGGCGGUGGCAGGCGCAGGCCCGGACCAGCAGGCUAGACGCGCGGCGCGCCGGCCCGCGGCAGCUCCGGCACCAACAUGCGCGGCUCGCGAACCGGCUUCUGGCUGGCGCUGGCCGCGUCGCUCCUGCACGUGUCCCUGCAAGGCGAGUUCCAGAGGAAGCUCUACAAGGAGCUGGUCAAGAACUACAACCCCCUGGAGAGGCCGGUGGCCAAUGACUCACAGCCGCUCACUGUCUACUUCUCCCUGAGCCUCUUGCAGAUCAUGGACGUGGAUGAGAAGAACCAAGUUUUAACCACAAAUAUUUGGCUGCAGAUGUCUUGGACAGAUCACUAUCUGCAAUGGAAUAUGUCAGAAUACCCGGGCGUGAAGACGGUUCGUUUCCCUGAUGGCCAGAUUUGGAAACCAGACAUUCUUCUGUACAACAGUGCUGACGAGCGGUUUGAUGCCACAUUCCACACCAAUGUUCUGGUGAAUUCCUCUGGGCAUUGCCAAUAUCUCCCUCCAGGCAUAUUCAAGAGCUCCUGCUACAUCGAUGUGCGCUGGUUCCCCUUUGAUGUGCAGCAGUGCAAGCUGAAGUUCGGAUCCUGGUCAUAUGGAGGCUGGUCCUUGGACCUGCAGAUGCAGGAGGCGGACAUCAGCGGCUAUAUCCCGAAUGGAGAGUGGGACCUUGUGGGCAUUCCGGGCAAGAGGAGCGAGAAGUUCUAUGAGUGCUGCAAGGAGCCGUACCCGGAUGUCACCUACACAGUGACCAUGCGCCGUAGGACGCUCUACUACGGCCUCAACCUGCUCAUCCCCUGUGUGCUCAUCUCAGCCCUGGCACUGCUGGUGUUCUUGCUCCCUGCAGACUCCGGAGAGAAAAUAUCCCUUGGGAUAACUGUGUUACUCUCCCUGACUGUCUUCAUGCUGCUUGUGGCUGAAAUCAUGCCUGCAACAUCUGAUUCAGUGCCUCUGAUAGCCCAGUAUUUUGCCAGCACCAUGAUCAUCGUGGGCCUCUCUGUGGUAGUGACAGUGAUCGUGCUGCAGUACCACCACCAUGACCCUGACGGUGGCAAGAUGCCCAAGUGGACCAGAAUCAUCCUCCUGAACUGGUGUGCGUGGUUCCUGCGCAUGAAGAGGCCUGGGGAGGACAAGGUGCGGCCCGCCUGCCAGCACAAGCAGCGUCGCUGCAGCCUGGCCAGCGUGGAGCUGAGCGCAGGAGUCGGGCCGCCAGCACCCAAUGGGAACCUGCUCUACAUUGGUUUCCGAGGCCUGGAUGGCAUGCACUGUGCCCCUACCCCUGACUCCGGGGUGGUGUGUGGCCGUCUAGCCUGCUCCCCGACACAUGAUGAGCACCUGCUACAUGGUGGGCAGCCCUCUGAGGGGGACCCAGACCUGGCCAAGAUCCUGGAGGAGGUGCGCUACAUCGCUAACCGCUUCCGCUGUCAGGACGAGAGCGAGGCGGUGUGCAGCGAGUGGAAGUUUGCCGCCUGUGUGGUGGACCGCCUGUGCCUCAUGGCCUUCUCCGUCUUCACCAUCAUCUGCACCAUCGGCAUCCUCAUGUCCGCCCCCAACUUUGUCGAGGCUGUGUCCAAAGACUUCGCGUAAUGUCACAUGGUUCUGUACAGGAACAAAAUGUACAAAAGGAC